AGAGCCCAGGUUGCUGUCACUUUAAGAGGAGAGAAAGGCUGGAGAGGAGGAGGCGCCUUUCCAGCCACGGCUGCUCGAGCUCAGGAGGAGGCACAGGGAGUAGGGAGAUCUUCCUGGCUGGUAGGAGCUGCUGCUGGGGACCUUGUCACAGUCUCACCUGCUGGACCUGCAUCUAGUAUUCCCGGCUGUGGAGACACAGACAUGAGAGCGAUAUAUGCUCCCCUUAUAUCCUGCAUCCCUGCGCUGGUUGCCUGACACAAAAGACCCGAGAGACCCCUGAGCCCAGCAUCGUCCUUCCUCCUGCGACUCUCCUCAUUCUGCACAGACCCUGGGAAGCAGCAGGUCUGCACAGCCUUUGUUCCCCAUCAGCUCUGUGCUUGUGAGACAUAAUGGCUCACCCUCCCCUGGAAUUCAGUGAUUGCUAUCUGGACAGCCCAGUCUUCAGAGAGAGUUUAAAGGGUUAUGAACAAGAGCUGGAGAAGACAAAUAAAUUCAUUAAGGAUGUGAUAAAAGAUGGAAAUGCUCUUAUUGGUGCCAUAAAGGGGUACUCCAGCGCCAUCCAAAAAUUUGCCCAAACUUUACAAAACUUCCAGUUUGACUUCAUUGGUGACACCCUGACUGAUGAUGAAAUAAAUAUCGCUGAGUCCUUUAAAGAGUUUUCCGACCUGUUGCAGGAAGUGGAGAUUGAGAGGAUGAUGAUGCUUCAAAACGCAGACGAUAUGCUGAUCAAACCCCUAGAGACCUUCCGCAAGGAUCAAAUUGGACUCACAAAGGAACGCAAGAAGAAGUUUGACAGGGAUAGUGAGAAGUUUUACUCCAUGCUGGACAAACAUCUGCAUCUGUCUUCCAAAAAGAAGGAGGCUCAACUCCAAGAGGCAGACAUGCAGGUGGACAAAGAGAAGCAGAACUUCUAUCAAUCUUCACUUGAAUAUGUCUACCAGAUCCAGGAGGUGCAGGAGAGCAAGAAGUUCAGCAUUGUGGAACCGGUUCUGGCCUUCUUGCAUUGUCUGUUUACUUCUAACAGCCUCACGUUUGAAUUGACUCAGGAUUUCCUCCCCUACAAACAGCAACUACAGCUCAGCCUUCAGAACACUCGUAACCACUUUUGUAGUACCCGUGAAGAGAUGGAGGAUCUGAAAAAGCGGAUGACUGAUGCCCCUAUGAUCUGCAAGCUGAGGGGGCAAAGCACUAUAGAGGGAUACCUGUACUCCCAAGAGAAAAGGAGGGAUAUUGUAUCACUUUGCACAGGGGCUCUUGGUCUUACAUGGGUAAAGUAUUAUUGCCGAUAUGAGAAGGAGGGAAAGAGUUUAAUCAUGAUUUCGUUAGAGCAGAAGCCGGGAUCUCGGCAGGUGAGCCAGGAACUGACCCUUAAAUCUUGUAUAAGAAGAAAGAGCGACUCUAUUGACAAGAGAUUUUGCUUUGAUGUAGAGACCAAUGAGAGGCAGAGCACCAUCACCUUUCAGGCUCUAUCAGAGACCAACCGACGCCUGUGGAUAGAAGCAAUGGAUGGGAAAGAGCCAGUAUAUCACAGUCCUAUAACUAAGCGUGAUGAAAUGGAACUAAAUGAAGUUGGAUUCCGGUUUGUUCGGAAAUGUAUCAAUGCUGUGGAGGCCACAGGAAUCACUUCGGAAGGAGUGUACAGAACUGUGGGAAGUAAUAUCCAGGUGCAGAAACUCCUCAAUGCUUUUUUUGAUCCCAAAUGCCCAGGAAAUGUGGACUUGCAGAACAGUGACUGUGACAUUAAAACCAUUACCAGCGCAUUAAAGUUCUACCUCAGGAACCUCUCUGAGCCCGUGAUGACCUAUAAUCUGCAUCGGGAACUGGUUUCUGCUGCAAAGUCGGAGAAUCUUGAUUACCGCUUGGGAGCCAUUCAUUGCCUGGUGUACAAACUGCCAGACAAACACCGGGAAAUGCUGGAGCUCAUUAUAAAUCACCUUUCCAGGGUAUGUGAAUACAGCAAAGAGAACCUCAUGUCUCCCUCUAAUAUGGGGGUGAUUUUUGGUCCAACUUUGAUGAGGGCCCAGGAAGAUACAGUAGCUGCCAUGAUGAACAUCAAAUUCCAAAAUAUUGUGGUGGAACUGCUUAUAGAACACUGUGAUAAGAUAUUCUCUGGCCCUCCAGAAGACAAUACAGCUCCUCCUGUCCCUCCACCCAGAAUAACCCCACGGACCCACAAACCCAUCACCAUCUCUAAACGUCAGGUCAGAGGGCGAAUCUGCCUCAAUCUUGGGCAGAGUGAAGAAGAUGAUAGUUUUGUACAGAAUGGAAACGGCCUAAUCACAAACACCGAUCACCCUCUUCCUGUACAACGGAAGAAACUGGUGCCCCGGAUGGAUAUACAGAGUCCCACAGAUCACUGUUCUGAGGUGGAUGUUUCUAAAAUGGUCUCCUUGAUGCAGGACAAAGGGGCUAAGACAAAUGCAAACCACCUAAAUGGGGAUCUCCCGUUAUACUCUGUGCCCACCAAAACCUCGCCUGUGUAUGUCAAGCGACCUAUAGUCCGUCCCAGAGAAGGUGACUAUGAUAACAUCAGUAAAGUCCGUUCACCAGGAGAAAGGCCGGUUAUUUCCCGCCCACCGGUGAGACCGCCUGACCCACCUUGCAGGGCAGCCAUAGCCUCUAAAACUGAGCCAAGGGCCGAUGUCAACGUUAGUGGAAAAGAGGACAUCCCAGCAUCUGUAGUUGCCUCUCGAACUAAAUUCUUUGAGAAGGCAUCCAGACCAAGGGGAAGUCCUCCGUCUCCUCCCCAAAGAAUUAUUUCAGAAGAAAGUUGAGUCUAUAAGAACAGAACAAUCAGUUUCCUUGGCUGGUCCCAGGAAGGAUCAUCAUCAUCUUCAUCAAUGUUUAUUUAUGAAAGGGCCAAAGGAUGUCAACCACUUUGCCAAAGUGUUUUAUUGUGACAGCUGGAAAUGGAGCAUGUUCAGUAAUGGGUGUACAAGAACGGGUUCUUUAUUGAACACUUCCUGUACUGAUGAGAUAUUAUGAGACGUUCUCCUUGCUGGACACCCAUUGGAAGUAAUGCCUGGAAAGUGAAAUACUGAUGGAACAAUUGUUCUUCUCACCUGCUUGUCUUCAGUAGGAGGCAUGGAGCCUGCAUCAACGUGACCAUUAUGGUUCUAUAGUUACAUGAUUGUUUACUUAUGUUUCAUAUGUAUCUACACGCAGGCCAAUCCUCCAGCCCACUCUUAAUCCAUGCUCUGAAUAUGGAAUCAGGUGUCACACUUGAAAUAAGCUGAAAGUAGUCUGCGGUGUAAUAUUGUUAGUGAUUCAAUGAGAUGAUUCAUAUUUAUUGUUCACCUGAAAAUAAGAUACUUUAAAAUGAAUGGAAAAAACUAUUUCAGAACAACUGAACAGAUUCUGUACUGCAUUUAUUUAUUUAUUGGUUAGAUUAGUUACUUCAGUUCAAACCCUUAACCAAUGUCUUUAUGUAGACAGUAUAAUAGUAUAAAGUCUUAUUUCACCUUUUUAGAAAAGGUACCUUUAAAUAUAAUUUUUUACUAUUGCAAACAUGUCUUAUAGCAUGGAAAGAUAAAGCAAACAAUGACAAAUGAAUGCAUAUGCUGAGUGCCUUGUUCACAAGAGCUUACGAUCUACAGAGUGUGUCAUUGUGAGAUUUCAGGCCCAGGUAUUACAUGAUAGCUCAUAGUGUGAAGGACCAGGCGUUCUGUUGCUUCUCCGAGGAUAGCCGGUACUUCCCUGCUUUAUCGUAUUACUACAGAUCUCUGGAAUGUAUGCUAAGUGGCAGUCUGUGUAGCCGGCUACUGCUUACUGAAUGAGAAGAAAGUAACAUUUCAUAUAUACAUGGGAGCAUAUGUAACUACUAGUUGUAGUGAUCAUCAUUUGUACAGAUGUCCCAUGGAUGCAGCUGUUGUAACUAGUUGUGGUCCCCAUGUAAAUCGCUAAGAUUAGUUGCAUAAUUGCCACAUUCCUUCAUUGCACUGGCUGCCUACUACAGGACCAAAUAACAUUCAUAUAACUUAUAUUAUAUAUACAGUAUAUAUAUUUGAUUACUUUUAUUAAGUAUCACUAGUCAAGCUAUUGACUCUUGUAAGAUAAUUAUCUGGGAGGAAAACGAGGCAUACAUUGAAAUAAUCCAUUUGUGUUCUGUUUUACCAUAAAUUGCAUUAUCACAAAUGAAAAAUAGGUUGGUAUUACUACAGGACGGUGGUCCAUGGUCCACUUUUGGUGUUUGAUUUAUUUGCAUUAUAUAUUAAGUGUAUUUGAUUACAAAUUGCGAGCUGCAUAAACUGUUGGCUGCUAGAACAUCAGUGAAUUUGUAGAUCUUUUUAAAUGAUAAGUUAAUCUUUCUGGACCGCCUUAAAAUAUUUGCUUUCUUACAUUCCAUUGAAAAUUUAUAAUAUGUUUCUUUUUCAUCCACUAGGGGUCACUGGAGUACUCUUAGGAUAUGGACGGUUCUAGCAGGACAGGCACUGAAUAUUUAAAUUUAGUAACUCUCCUCCCCUCCAUACUCCCAGAAUACCUCAGUGUUUUUUCGGUGCUCACAGGAGUGGCAAGCAUGAGGGCUUCCUCCACACAUACUUUGAUUUUUAUACUAUUUUUUUUUUUUUUUUAAACCUUCAGCACAUCCCUUCCCAGCUUAGCAAGAAGCUCGGUCCGGGAUAGUGCACGCUGCAAGAAGCAGCUACUGGCGUGUUGGUCCUCACACAAAGAGCACCCUCACAGCCACAAGCAACUCUGUCUCUGAGCUGCAGGAAAGGCUGGACGGAGCUUACAGAAGAAGCCCCGUCAUAGGGGAUAAUUCCAAAUUGAUCGCAGCAGGAUUUUUGGUAGCAA